ACGACGUUAUUACAGUUCCGGUCCGCCUUUUCCGGUCCUCUUUUCUGCCUCCUUUCCAAGAUGACUAAGAAGAGAAGGAACAACGGGCGCGCCAAGAAGGGCCGUGGGCACGUUCAGCCCAUCCGCUGCACCAACUGCGCCCGCUGUGUGCCCAAAGACAAGGCCAUCAAGAAGUUUGUCAUAAGGAACAUUGUUGAGGCUGCAGCUGUGAGAGACAUCUCAGAGGCUAGCGUAUUCGACUCCUAUGUGUUGCCCAAGCUCUAUGUAAAGCUGCAUUACUGCGUGAGCUGUGCUAUCCACAGUAAGGUUGUGAGAAACCGUUCACGGGAGGCCCGCAAGGACCGCACACCACCCCCACGCUUCAGGCCCAGUGGUGCUGCCCCCAGAGCUCCUCCUAAGCCUAUGUGAAGAACUCAAACUGCAUUUCUGUGCAAAGAAAUAAAAAAAUUUGUUUAAAAA